UUCCGUGUUCUUGCUGUAGUCUGUACACGAGCACGAAAGGCCAGAGGACUGACGUACUGUAGAUUUGACGGAGGUCAUAACUUUAAUCUGAAUAAUCGUAUAUUUUGAAAUAUCUGGAAUAUCAUCCAGGGAAUCAUGUGGUUUAAACUCGUCGUAGCAGCUGUUUUGCUCUUCAGCGCCUGCUGUUCGGCCAAGCAAUCUGACCCAAAAGUCCAAGUGUACAGCCGUAACUCUGGAGAGUAUGGCAAAAAGAAUGUGCUGAUCUGCUAUGUAAGUGGCUUCCAUCCUCCUGACAUCACCAUUGACCUCCUCAAGAAUGGCCAGGAGAUUCCAGGUGCCACACAGACAGACCUGGCCUUCGAGCAGGGCUGGGACUUUCACCUGACAAAGUUUGUGGACUUCAAUCCCCAGAGAGGAGAGGUGUAUGCCUGUAAAGUCCGACACUUGUCGAGCAUAAAGACCUACACAUGGGAGCCUGACAUGUGAAUGCACAACACAGUAUAGCCUGACAUGUGAAUGCACAACACAGUUAGAAAUACCUGAAAUCAGCACUUGACUCCCACUGUGCAUUUACUCCAGAAAUUCUCUAAUACUCCGUAUGCACCUGCUUGGAUUUAUCAUGAUAUCAGUGUAAUUUCUGAGCUUCAGUUUUUAGGAGGCUGCCUCCUAUGAUGUGAAGACUGUAAGAAGCUGUAUGCAUUCCUACUUGAUAAGAGCUUUCUAACUUCUUAACUGUACUUAACAUUUCUGUAGGUGUGCGACUUUGAUUGCCACUAAUACCUUGGGUGUGAAUCUUGCCUUUGUUUAUUCUUCACAACUUUAAAAUGUAAUUGUCGUUUUAUAAUUCAGGAAUAGAAUCAGAAAAAGCUUUAUUGCCAAGUAUGUUUUUAACGUAUUACGCACGUGUCACACAUUCUCAAGUAUUAAAAUAUAAGCAAUAUAAAUAUG